CCAAGUCCUCCGGGUCCGACGUCCCUGGCCCAGCAUUUAUCUUGAUCAACUGGAGAGGAGAGGUGUUGCUUGCGCUCGCGGAAGCCCCAGAUGUUGACGGAAGAGAAGACAGGUGUGGUUCGAUCGCGGAAGAAGUGGCAGCAUGCGUAGGGAUAUCGUGCCCCCCACCCCCUUGAGUGUCCGCCCCCUUCCUCGCAGCAUCCUUUCUGCCCUGCAAGUUUUGUUGCUUGAGCCUUUCGAUCCUACCGGGGAAGGGGUGUCUUUUUGUUUCUUAUAGACUUCGCAUCCCACAUAGAUACAUUAACCUUGUUGUUUUCUUACACAAAGUGCCAUUGUUGCUGGGCCUCAAGAAUCAUCUAGACAUUGCUCCCAGGCCCAUCUCCAUCUUCUUCUCUUGCUGUAUCAGCAGCAGACUAGACACUUGAGCACGGUUGUGUUUAUUUCCCCUUGCGCUUUGUCAUUUCCCCGGGUGUCACUCCGCCGAGACUCGCAGCAUCCGAUAUGUCACCUCACGCCCUCACUGAGCAACUGCAGGACGAGGAGCUUCUUGCGUCUUUUAACGUCACAAGCAAUGGCUUUCUCCCAGCGGAAGAGCCUCUCCGUUUUCUCCCAAACGCUUGCUAUGAGCCUUGGGAACUCCUGAUCCACAAUGCCCAGGACCUCCUGGCCAAUGGCACGCUGAGGCAAAGAGUCGAGCAGUUGCCGGUGCUUUCGACAGACGGUCUCAGGACGGAGCCCGAAUGGAGGCGGGCUUAUGUUAUCCUGACCCUCCUUACGCAUUCAUAUGUCUGGGGAGGUGACAGAGCCGCAGAGGUACUGCCUCCCGCAAUAUCAAGACCGCUCCUCGCGGUCUCCAGGCACCUCGAGGUCCCGCCGGUGGCGACAUACGCCGCCCUUAAUCUCUGGAACUUUACCUCAUCCACCGGCUGCUUCACCGACCUUGAUAGCCUCAAGUCGCCACAUACUUUCACGGGCACCGAGGAUGAGUCGUGGUUUCUCUGUGUCUCGGUCGCCAUGGAGGCACAGGGCGCUUAUAUCAUGCCAACCAUGCUCAGAGCCCUGCGGGCCAUCCACACCCGCGAUUAUGGGACAAUCGCCGCAGCACUGGAUGAGCUGUCGGUCUGCAUCAGGAAGGUUGGCGUGCUCCUGGACCGCAUGCGCGAGAAAUGCGAUCCCAUGGUCUUUUACCACAAGAUCCGCCCGUUCCUGGCCGGGUCCAAGAACAUGGCCGCCGCAGGCCUGCCAAAGGGUCUCUUCUACGACGAGGGCAACGGGCAAGGGUCGUGGCAGCAGUGGCGCGGCGGCAGCAACGGCCAGUCCUCGUUGAUCCAAUUCUGGGACGUCGUGCUGGGCGUGACGCACACGUCCGAGGGGAGCAACAACCCGCACGCCACGGGCGGUAAGCCAGAGGAGAAGAGCUUUCACCAGGAGGUGAGGGAGUACAUGCCGGGAGGGCACCGGCGAUUUCUUGAGCAUGUCGGGCGGUCAGGCAGCAUCCGCUCGCUGGCCAUGGUGGCGACGAGCAGCGAAGAGCACGCGAGGAUGCAAGAGGCAUACGCGGCGGCCACAAAGACACUGACCGAGUUCAGGAAUAAGCACCUGGGCAUCGUGACCACAUACAUCGUCAUCCCAUCCAGGAAGCCAUGGACGGGAGAUGUCGGCAAGAAGGCGGUCAACCUGGCGACCUUGUCCACAAGGCAGCAGAACGAGAAGAAGGACGCCGGGAAGAGUGGCGCCGACAAGGAGCUGACGGGGACGGGGGGGACGGCACUGCUGCCUUUCCUGAAGCAGGCGAGGGACGACACUCACGAGGCUGGGCACCUCGUGCGGGAGAAUGCCAUGGCGAACCGGUGAGCCCUGUGUCUAUGUAGAUGGGUGUGGGGUCAUCGGCACGAGGUGCUUGCAUGCAUUUGUUAGGCGUUGGGGUCCGUAUCUGUGUCUGUCCCUUAUCAUGGGCUUUUUGAUGUGUCUUAUGGAUUGCGGCCACAUGGUGUCAGGAGUAGGCGGUUCAUCUGGAUUUACAACACGUUACUGUGUGCGAACACCAUUGCUCAACGCCAAUGCUAGAUAAUGCCCAAGGUCCAGCUGAACUGGAUCCACUCGUUUUACUUGCAUACAUAGCCUGAGGUAUAUAGACUUGAAGUCGUUAGAGCUGAUCUUAUGUUUAUUUUUCGGCCCUGCCAUAA